AUGGCGAGCUGGUUGUGCAGUUCCCGGGAAGAAUCGGCUGAGCUUUGGGACUGGAACCGGACAUGGUACACGGCGACCCCGAGCCUCACCCCUUGCUUUCAGAACACUGUGCUGCUCUGGAUCCCGUGCCUCUACCUUUGGAUCUCCUUUCCCUUCUAUUACCUUUAUCUCCAGAGAAAUGGCAGAGGUUACAUCAGGAUGUCGGCUGCCUUCAAAUCCAAAAUGGUUCUCAGCUUCGCCUUGCUGUCGCUGUGUCUCGCGAGCUGCUUCUUCGUUCUCCGGCAAGCGAUCCGGGGGGUCCCGCAGGCACCAGGGUCGAUCAUCAGCCCUGCUUUGCAGAUGGUUACACUGGUCCUUGUUGUAUUUCUCACCCAGACGGAACGGUUGAAAGGCGUCCGGUCUUCAGGCGUCUUACUGGUUUAUUGGUUGCUGUGUUUCUUCUCUGCUACCAUCGCCUUGAGCUCUAAGAUUCAACAUGCCCUGGAAGGCGGCUUCAGAAGUGACCCCUUCCAUCACGUUGCCUCAUAUACUUACUUCACCUUGAUCUUAUUGGAGUUGGCGCUCUGCUGUUUCACAGAUCAGCCUCCCUUCUUCUCCCAAGAUACCUCUGAUAACCCGUGUCCAGAAGACGGGGCCUCGUUUGCUUCCCGGAUCACUUUCUGUUGGUUCCUUGGGCUUCUUUGGAAGGGAUACUGGCAGCCGAUACAAACCGAAGACCUGUGGUCCUUAGCGAGAGGAAAUACCUCGGCAGAGAUUGUGACUCAGGUGGAAAAGGCAUGGAGAAAGAAUCACACGACAGCCAAACAACUCACAGAAUCGGUGCAGUUUAGAAGCCAGCGAGAGAGGGAAGAGCCCGGAGAGACCUCUGUCCUGCUGCAGACGGAAUAUUAUCCCAGCAAGCAGCUGCUGAAAGCUUUCUGGAGCGUGUUCGGGGUGUCCUUCCUCCUCGGGACUUUCAGUUUGGUUGUUGGUGAUAUCUUCUUGUUUUUGAUCCCAAAGACCCUAAGCCUUUUCUUAGACUUCAUCGCUGAUCGAGAAGCUCAUUCUUGGAAAGGUUAUUUCUAUGCCAUGCUGCUGUUCCUGCUAGCUUGCCUCCAGACACUGUUUGAGCAACGCUACAUGUAUGUGUGUCUUUCUUUGGGAGUGAAGUUAAAGACCGCCGUUACGGGCCUUGUUUAUCGUAAGAUCUUAGUCCUGUCAGCUGCAGCCAAGAAAACGACAACGGCUGGGGAAAUUGUCAACCUGGUGUCUGUCGACGUUCAAAAGCUAACAGACCUCCUUGUCUACUUUAACGGGACCUGGCUGGCCCCUGUACGGAUCGUUGUCUGUUUUGUCUUCCUUUGGCAGCUCCUUGGGCCCUCUGCUUUGACUUCCGUCGCUGUGUUCCUGCUUCUCUUGCCUCUGAACUUUGUGAUCACCAAGAAAAGGAGCCACUUCCAGGAAGCCCAAAUGCACCACAAGGACCACCGUGCCAAGCUGAUCAGCUCGGUCCUCUGCAACAUCAAAAUCCUCAAGUUGCACGGCUGGGAAGAGCGCUUUGCUGGCCAGGUGUCAGACGUCCGGACGCGGGAGCUCCGGGCCCUGAAGACUUCCCAGUUUCUCUUCUCGGCUUCUCUGGCUUCUUUCCACUCCUCGACGUUUCUGGUCGCUUUCGUCAUGUUUGCCGUCUACACCCUGGCAGACGAGCACCAUGUCUUGAACACCCAGAAGGCCUUUGUCUCUUUGGCCCUGGUCAACAUCCUCAACACUGCUCAUUCGUUCCUUCCCUUUUCCAUUAACGCCGUCAUGCAGGCCAAGGUUUCCCUCAGACGUUUGGCCACCUUUCUCUGCCUCGAAGAGCUGGAGCAAACGGCAGUGAAUUGUGAUUCUUUAGACUGCGUACAGGCUCCGGUUGUUGUAAGGAACGGAACCUUCAGCUGGGGCACAGAAUGCCCUCCCUGCCUUAAAAGGAUAAAUUUGACUGUACCCCAGGGUAGCCUCUGUGCUGUGGUUGGCCAAGUAGGAGCGGGCAAAUCCUCCUUACUCUCAGCUUUACUCGGUGAGCUGCAGAGAACAGAAGGCUCUGUGGCGCUGAAGGGCACGGUGGCUUUUGUUCCCCAGGAGCCCUGGAUACAAAACACUUCCGUGGAAGACAAUGUUGUUUUUGGACGAGGGAUGGACAGGAAAUGGUACAGCCAAGUGAUCGCAGCCUGUGCCCUGCUUCCUGACCUGGAGGGCUUCCCAGCCGGGAGUCAAACUGUCAUAGGAGAGAAGGGCGUAAAUAUUUCCGGCGGGCAGAAGCAGAGGCUGGGGCUGGCCCGUGCCGUUUACAAGAAGGCUGCAAUUUACCUUCUGGAUGACUCGCUGUCUGCUGUGGACGCCCAGGUCGGGCAGCAUAUUUUCGAGCAGGUUAUCGGACCCAACGGCUUGCUGAAGGACAAGACUCGUCUUCUGGUGACGAAUGCAGUCCACCUUUUGCCCCGAGUGGAUAACGUUAUUGUGAUUGCGAAGGGACAGAUCUCCGAAACUGGCACCUACCAAGAACUUGUGCAAAGAGAAGGAGCUUUUGCACAAUUCCUGAGGUUGCACGGUACCCAGGAGAAAGAGGACCAGGCUUUGCAAGUGUCGGACACUUUGGUUGUCUGUGUCAUCCUAGUCUCCCUUUCUUCGGUCCAGGUCAGGACUUCCAUCUACCUCCGCUACCUGCGAGCCGGGGGCUCCCUCUUGUGGGCCUACGUUGUGCUUCUCUUCGCCUGCCAGCAAGCCACCUCAUUUUGCCGCGGCUACUGGCUAAGCCUCUGGGCCAACGACCCCGUUUGCAACGGAACGCAGCGGCACACUCAGCUCCGCGUGGGAGUUUUCUUUUUCCUCGGCGCCGCUCAAGCCCUUGGCAAGUUUGGGUCGACAGCCACCGUGUUCCUGGCCGGGGCGAUGGCAUCCCGCAAGCUGUUCGCGCACCUCCUUCGGGACGUCGUCCGGUCACCCAUGGCGUUCUUCGAGGUGACCCCCACCGGCAACCUGCUGAACCGCUUCUCCAAAGAGAUGGAUGCCAUCGAUUCUGUCCUCCCGGACAAGCUGAAGUCCUUGCUGGGGUUUUUGUUCCAGCUCCUGGAGAUUUACAUCGCAAUAACCGUGGCCACCCCGGUCGCUGUGGUGGCCAUCGUGCCCCUGACCGCCUUGUACGCUGUGCUCCAGAGCUUCUUCGUCGCCACCUCCUGCCAGCUCAAGCGCCUGGAAGCCCGCAGCCGUUCCCCGGUCUAUUCCCACAUCGCGGAGACCUUUCAAGGAAGCAGCAGCAUCCGCGCAUACCGAGACCAGCGGCGGUUCAUUUUGCGGAACGAUGCCCAGGUGGAUGAGAACCAGAGGGCCGCCUUCCCCGCUGUGGUGGCUGACAGGUGGCUCGCCACAAACGUGGAGUUCCUUGGGAACGGCCUCAUCCUUUUCGCAGCUCUGCUCGCUGUGACUAGCAAGCCGCACCUCAGCCCGGGAAUGGUUGGCUUUUCCGUUUCUUGCGCUCUUCAGGUCACGGGCAUUUUGAACUGGAUGGUGCGCUCCCUGGCCGAAAUGGAGAACAACAUUGUGUCGGUGGAGAGGCUGAGAGAUUACGCCGAGACACCCAAAGAAGCUCCUUGGACUCUGGGUACCAACUCUCUCAUGGAGCACUGGCCAACUGAAGGAGCGAUUGAAUUUAAAGACUUCAGCUUACGCUACAGGCCAGACUUGGAGUUAUCUCUGAAGAAUAUCAGCAUAAAGAUCAAUGGACGAGAAAAAGUUGGCAUAUCUGGACGAACAGGGGCUGGGAAAUCCUCUCUGACCAUGGGCCUCCUCCGACUAGUGGAAGCAGCCGAGGGAGAUAUCUUUAUCGAUGGCGUCAACAUUGCCCAGUUAGGUUUGCAUGAUCUGAGAAGCAAGAUAAGCAUUAUCUCCCAGGACCCGGUCUUGUUUCCAGGUUCUCUCAGAAUGAACCUUGAUCCUCUGAAUGAGUACUCUGACGAAGAUAUCUGGAUGGCUUUGGAACGGGUCCUGCUCAAGAGUUUUGUUUUGGAUCUGCCUGGCCGUUUGGCCUAUGAGUGUUCUGAAGGGGGUGGAAAUCUGAGUGUUGGUCAGCGGCAGCUCAUCUGUCUGGCGCGGGCGUUGCUUCGAAAAGCCCAAAUCCUGGUUCUCGAUGAAGCCACGGCCGCGGUGGAUCCCAAGACGGACCUGCUGAUUCAGUCCGCCGUCAGGACUCAGUUCAGCGAAUGCACCGUCCUGACCGUUGCCCACCGGGUCAAGACCCUCAUGGACUAUGACAGGAUUCUAGUGAUGAAAAGUGGUCAGGUGGAAGAAUUUGAUAUGCCAGAGACAUUAAUAGCCCAGAAAGGACUUUUCUACAGAAUGGCUGAAGAAUCAGGACUGGGGACAGUUAAUAGCGCCACAGGGCCCCCCUCUUCGACGGCAGCCAGGAGGCGGAAGGAGGAGGGGCGGGAGGUGGGCGCCGCCAUCUUGGGGGGGCUUUUGCGACGCUUUUGCGACUCUUUUACGACGCUUUCGCGACAGGGCGCCCUCCUCGACGGCAGCCAGGAGGCGGAAGAAGGAGGAGGAGGCGGCGGCGGGCGUGGAGCGCAAAACAAAGGGGCGGCGGCGGGAUGCGGAGCGUGGGCCUGGGGUGGCUCUGCACAGGACCUCCGCUGUGGGGUUGCCCAGCAGUACCAACCCCGAGAGGAGCCGCACCCGCCUAACUAA